AUGUAUCUGGAUGAGGACCUUGACCAGCAGAGGACUGAGAUGUUGCAGGAGUUGGCCUACAGGACCAUGGAGCAGAGUGUUGGGUCCUGGGAAGCCAUGUUCUGGAGUGUCAUGCAGAAAUGCCUGUUCUGGUCCCUUGCUGGAGGCCUGAUGGUGCUCUUGGCACUCUACUGGUGGCUCAGGAAAGAGGUCCUUGAGGUGGACAACAGAAGGGAUUCAGAGAGUGAAGAAAGUGAGGAAGAAAAUCCUCCUGAGAUGAAUAUGACCUGGAUCUUUUCGAGACGCUUCCAGCUGUCAGUGCCGAAGCUGGCUUCUAGGAGACGGGUGGUGCAGGAGCUGCUGAGUGACCUUCUCCGAGUCUCCCACAGUCUCUUUUCAGACAGCUUCUUCCCGGUGCUGGAACCAGUCAUUGGGGUGGGCAGUGCCUGUGAAGGAUGGAGUCCCCAUAAGGAGGAGGACGUUGUCUACUGCAUGUUUGUGCCCCUGAAGCCCCCCCGUGGGCAUGCCUUCCACCUGGAACCAGACCCCACGGGGGAGAUGCCACAAACGAGCAUGCGCAUCCGCGUGGAGCUGGUGUGCACUUGCACCGGGGCACAGCCUGACCAGAACAUGCUGUGCUUCCUCCACCACUCUGAGGAGGAGCUGAAGAGAAAUCAGGUGGCCAGCCUUCUACACACUCUUUGCACUGGCUCUUACCUCGAUGGGGAGAAAAUUGCCCUCUGGUUCCAGAUGUUUGUGAUCUCAGCCUGGUCGGCGGUGCCUCAGUCCCGUGGCUACAGCAUGAAGGUGCUGCCCUCCUGCCGCUCCUGCAAGAUGAAGCUGGUGAAAGCCUCUGGGAGAAGCCUCUUUGUGGAGACGGUUUUUAGUGUGCAGCAAGGUGACUCGGACAUCUUCCUGAGCAGCCAGCCUCCAGAGGCCCAGCUCCCCCCAAGCACGACAUGGCUGGAGAGCUAUGCCGUGGCAGAGGCAAAGUUCUUCAGGCAUGUCGCCGUGCAGGCCCCACCCCGCAGUUGCCACCUCAAAUGCCUGAGGCUCUGUGCUCGCCUUCUGGAGGGCUCAGGCUUUUCUAUCUAUGCCGUGAAAACUGCGGUCAUGCACCUCCUGACCUUGAUCCCUCUGUCAGAAUGGCAGAGCAAGUAUCUCCUGAUGCGGGUGGAUGACACCAUGCACUACCUGCACUGUUGCCUAGAGGAGAAAUGCCUCAAGCACUUCUUCUUUGACAACGAGGACAUGCCCCAAGAGAUUUCCUUGCCCCCAGCCUUCCAAGGGGCACAGCCCUGGAACCUCUUCCAGCACCUGGAACAGGAUCCAGCUGCUCACGCUGAGACUUUGAAGAAGUUUGAUGACCGGCAAUAUCACUUGUACUUUGGGUUCUGA